GAGCCACCCAGGCACCCCAAUAUAUAGUUUUCUUGUGAUGUCUUUGGUUUUGGUAACAGGGUAAUACUAGCCCCAUAAAGUGAUUGGAAAGUUGUAGUAAUUUUUAUAAUCUUUUGGAUUAUUUUUUUAGGAUCGAUUCCCAAAAGAAGGCUUGUACAUUUUUAAAUUACUUGAUAAGUAUUGCCUGGUCAUUUUCCAAAAAGUUAAAUCAUGUUUAUUUGUUUGAGAUUAACAUUGUCUUUCCAGAAUAAUGGUCUCUCAGAAAUUAUUUUUGUUUACUCCUUCAAGUACUUAAAAGAUUCUCUGAAAGGCAAAGCUAGGUCCAGCCUUUCACAACACAUCUUAAUACCUGCCUGGCAGAGCAGCUCCAAAGGAGCCGGGAUUCAGCAUUUGAUCCAGCAAAUUGUUAGCACUUCUAGUAAGAAUAGAGUUUCUCCACCUGAGCACUAUUGCUGGAUUAACGCGCAGUGUAUUGUGAGAUGGUAAGCAUCAAUGGCUUUUUCUCACUAAAUGGCAAUAGCAGCCACCACCAGCCUCACCUCCUCCCCACCCCCAAGUUGUGACAAACAAAAAUGUCUCCCAUCGUUGUCACAUGUCUCCUGGUGGAUAAAAUUGUCCUCAUUAAGACACACUGAUCUAAAAACUGAUACGUGCUGGAUUUCCUAUUACUAUCCAAUAAAACUAUCUCUAAUUUUGAAAUCAAAGGCUCACUAUAUAUUUGGCUUUGGAUCUACAUUUGUCUCAGUCUUUGUCACCAUGUGUUGAUGACUUUCAAAUCUAUAUCCUUAGCCUUGUUUCCUCUCUGGAUUCCCAGAGCUUGUUUACAGUUGCCUGCCUUGGUGUUCUACAGGCAUCUUGAGAUUGGUUUGUUCAAAAUGAGACUGAUUCCCUUCUCUCCCCCAAACUGCUCUUUGUCCUUAAUCUUGGUCUCCCAGGUCAGGACCCUACCAGUCAGUCACUUACUGGUUCUUCACUUCUCUGUCUCCACUUCUCCCAUGAAAUUCACCUCCUGAGUGUUUCUAAAUUCAGGAUCCUCUGUCCCAAGUGUCACUUCCAUAGUGGGAAGGUUCAUCUCCCCUAGCUUGCUGCAGCAGUCCUUAACUUCCAGCUUAUUCUCUCUGCUGCCUGUAAAGUGCCCUUUCCAAUGUGUGUGUCUAAUCCUGUCAGAGCCCUCAUGGGCUGGCCCUGCCUCCCUUUCCAGCUUCAAUCCCCCAACCCCUUGUACUUUAGGCUCUGGCCAUACCAAACUGCUUGCAGGCCCCUUUCCUCACCCCCUUGCCUGACACUCAUUCUUCCAGCUGCAGUUCAGACUCUGUCUCUCCUCCAGCCCUUCCACUCAAAGAAUGACUCUCCUCCUUUGCUACACCUGGAGAGACCUGGGUCUUCACUUACGAGGCACUGCAGGAAUCGGUUCAUUCACGACUGUGUCCCUGGUGAUCAGUAAGUGUCUUGAUAAUGGGAACCACAGUUUAUUUAUCUCUGCCUGCUCCCCAGGGCCCAGUGGGCCCUCUGUAAAUCUGUGUUGAAUAGCAAAUGAAAAUGCCUAGAGCAGAAAGGGGCUACCUGGGAUUUUAAAGUAGCUGUGGGGUUGUUUGGGUUUUUUUGUUUAGUUCAGUGAACAUUUACUGAGAACCAACUAGGUCAUGGGUAUUAGGAACAGAAGGAACAAGGCAAGAUCUUUGCUUAGAGAAUUUACAUUACACCUAAUAUGAGAUGGGAGUACAGAGUUUAGUACAGAGUGAUAAGGGCAAGCAUAAUGCAUAAAGUGGAUACUGAGAGUGAACUAUGUCUGCAUUAGGGGGAGACACUCUCCCCACCCCUGAAAUAGGCUUAAAAGUACGAAAAGGUAUCAUUUCAUCCCACUCUAACCCUUUCUGUGUUCAGUCAACUUCUGUUUAUCGUGACUUUUUUAAAUGACUUUGGCUUGAUCAUGCUUAUUAAAUCAGUUAAUGUCGUCAGCCUCUCCUUGUGUUGCAGUACCUGAUCCUGUGCUUGUGUGAGUUUGUGGUUUAGAAAUGUUCCAAAAUCAGCAGUCACUAGUUAUUUCAUUAUUUACUAUGUCCUUGAUUUUGCGCCCCUCUUUUUGAGGAUAAUGGUGCAGGCGUACCAUGCUCCUGCCUCCUGAUCUGAAGCCUUUGACUUACCAUUAUAUGUGUUCUUCACUGUAGUCCUGCAUUAUUUCAUAAUUAAAGCAAACUGGAGUCCUGUGUACAGAAUGUGCAAUCUAGAGAAAUUUUUAUCUUUUUAUAGAGUUGCUAAUAAUAAUCUUUAGGUCAAUAUGGCUUCUUUUUCUUACCAGUUUUCUUAACACUGGCCCUAUUUCCCUUCCUCUGCAUAGUGCCUCUUAGCUUGUAACUUAACUAGUUAGUAAAUACAACUUUAUUCGUAAAUAAAGAUUAAGGUAAUUGAUCCUUAGGGAGACCCGUGCAUGUGGUGUCCAGGAGCCAUGAAAUGGGUUGCUUAGGAAAGUGAAUAAAGUUAUUAUACUAUUGGACAGGGGUGAGGGCAGCAGUGGUAUUUACAGAGAAGGGAAAUAUGGAUAGGUACAAGAGCACACAGGGAACUAGGGAGAGAUUCUGGGCUCUGAACCUGCUGAGUCUGCUGUCGCUGUGGAAGGAGGAGUGGCGGUAGAAGACGUUGAUGCCCUGCCCAGGACGGACGCUAGGCGUUGGAGAUGAACCUGUGUCGGCAGGUGAGAUGGUAUAUGUAUGAAAGAAGAGGAUCUAGGACAGAACAGUAGAAAACAGAUAACAGGGCAGGUGACCCAAGAGAAAGCUAUUCCAGAAGCCAAAGGAAGAGGGAAGCUUUGUGGCAUCACAUGUUUUAGGAAUGAGGGCUAGAUAAAGAGAGAUCACUAACUUUGGCAGGUAGGGGGAUCAUUAGUUAAACCCCUCACAAGAGCAUUUGAGCAGAAAGGCGACGGAGGAGCCCUGACUGCAGUGGGUUGAGGAGUGACUGGGAAACAAGCAGUGGGAUGUGUGCACAUAGACCACAUGCUCAGGGUAUCCUCUUCUGUUUGGGUCAGAGAUGAAGCACAUACAAAUGAAAACCCUGAGCGUGUCCAUAGGUGAGGUAAGGACAGGGGAAGUUGGUUAAACAUACGGGAAAGAUAUCUGUAGGGCCUGAGAAGGAAUGAGAGCAAUGACCAGGUGGGACGGGUUUGCCAGGAAAAGGCACAAGGACACCCGUUUCUCCAAGAUAAGCGGGAAGAGCACUGGAAAUAUUAAAGGCAGGUAUUUGCAGAAGGGAAGCGAGGGAAGUUGGGAGUAUUCAUACCUGGCAACAUCUCUCUUCUCUGUGAGGUAGGGAGCUCUGCCAGCAGGGAAGGAGGACUGGAAGAAAGCGGAAAGGGGUAUGUUGGGACAGGGUUAACACCCUGAGCUGUCAGGAGUGACGCAGACUAGGAAUAACUAAAGUCAUUUAAUUCAUCAGGGGAUGAAAAUAAGACAUUUCUCAUAGCUCCACCUCAGCACAGCUACAUGCUUUUCUUCAGUGGUGCUUAUUAAUUCUGGCACAGGACUGGAGAGUGUCUGGUGCAAGUAGUCCAGGUUGUGGAAGUGCCCCGUGGGGGAGGCAGACUAACUGUCUGAAGCAAGCAAACUGAGGACUUGGUUACAGAAUUCGCAAAAUGUUGGGGUAAGUACUGGACCGGGAGUCCAGACUUCUGGUGCUCUGAUGCCAACAGGCAUUCCCCACUCAGAAGGAGAAGUUGGGAAAUAAAGGCAAAUAGUUUUCUCAUCUAUUCUUGGGUUUCAUUCAGCCCUAGAAAUGUUUCUCUAAUUUUGUUAUGGCAUUUGAAUGUAGUUUUAAAGUAUAUUCAGUAAAAAAUAAAAGCACAUUCAGUAAGAUGUCAUCACUGUCUCCUGUGAGUGGGGGAAAAAAAUCAGUCAUUGGGAAGGCAUGGAACUCACAGCAGCUGGUCCAUGUACCAUUUUGGUCUGUUUAAGAACUCUUAAUGUGAUUCCCAAUGUUGAAACUGGCAGUUAAGUGAUAGAUUCAGGCUAUACAAGAUAAGACUUGAAAAAGCCACCUGAAAUAUUAUGGCAAUAUCAGUAAGAAGUGUUUUUUUCUCAUUCCUUACUUAAGAAAAAAAAAAAAUGCAUGUGCACAUCUGUCCCUUUAACAGCUUGCUUCGGGAAGCUAAAACCUUUAUAAAGCACGUUGAGAAGUCCUACACACGGGCCCUUGUUUAACUGUGUUCACAGUUUUCCCUGCUCAGUGCUGGAAUUGUGUAGGAGAAAGUGCUCACUGUCAACUAUUCUCUAUGAAUAGGGAUGUGUGUGGAUUGAAAGAAAAAUUAUAUGCUCUGGUAUUAUCUGGUAAAGAAAAGAAAGAAGAAUAACCUGAGAGUUCUCAUUGCCAGCUUCAGCUGUCUUCUAAAGUACUUGUGAGACUCUGUCAUCACCUCACACAGUGACCCAAGGAAGCAGAGGUCGGCAGAUUGGCAGGCCAGGUGUCAACUGUGAGGAGAAGAAAUGCACAAAAACAGCUGGCAGAAUAGAAGACAUGGGAGAAGGAGCAACCAGCAGAACCCUCGGUUCAGACAACAGGGUUCUGAUGAGAGGGGUAACUCAGUGACACGGCAAAGCUCACGAGAUUCUGGCCAAGUCGGCGAUGACGAGGCCCCAUCGACCUCAUCCGGCACAGCGGGGAGUUCUUCCGUGCCAGAUCUGCCAGGGUAUUACUUUGACCCUGAAAAGAAACGAUACUUCCGCUUGCUCCCUGGACAUAACAACUGCAACCCCCUCACAAAGGAGGGCAUCCGGCAGAAGGAGAUGGAAAGCAAAAGGCUGCAGCUGCUGGAGGAAGAAGACAAGCAGAAAAAGAAAAUAGCCAGAAUGGGCUUUAAUGCAUCUUCAUUGCUACAGAAAAGCAAGCUCGGUUUUCUCAAUGUCACCAGUUACUGCCGUUUAGCUCAUGAGCUGCGAGUGAGCUGCAUGCAGAGGAAAAAGGUCCAGAUUCAGAGCUCGGAUCCCUCCGCUUUGGCAAGCGACCGAUUUAACCUCAUACUGGCAGAUACCAACAGUGAUCGGCUCUUCACAGUGAAUGAUGUCAAAGUCGGAGGCUCCAAGUAUGGCGUCAUCAGCCUGCGAGGUCUGAAGGCCCCCUCACUCAAGGUGCAUAUGCACGAAAACCUCUACUUCACCAACCGGAAGGUAAACUCUGUGUGCUGGGCCUCGCUGAAUCACCUGGAUUCCCACAUUCUGCUCUGCCUCAUGGGCAUCGCAGAGACUCCGGGCUGUGCCACCCUGCUCCCAGCAUCGCUGUUCGUCAGUAGUCAUCCAGCAGGAGACCGGCCUGGCAUGCUCUGCAGUUUCCGGAUCCCUGGGGCCUGGUCCUGUGCAUGGUCCCUCAACAUUCAGGCGAAUAACUGCUUCAGCACAGGCUUAUCUCGGCGGGUCCUAGUGACCAACGUGGUGACAGGACACCGGCAGUCCUUUGGGACCAGCAGUGAUGUCUUGGCCCAGCAGUUUGCUCUCAUGGCUCCUUUGCUGUUUAAUGGCUGUCGUUCUGGGGAGAUCUUUGCCAUAGAUCUGCGUUGUCGAAAUCAGGGCAAGGGCUGGAAGGCCACCCGCCUUUUCCACGACUCAGCAGUGACCUCUGUGCAAAUCCUCCAAGAAGAGCAAAACCUGAUGGCGUCCGACAUGGCGGGAACGAUCAAGCUGUGGGACCUGAGGACCACCAAGUGUAUAAGGCAGUAUGAAGGUCAUGUGAAUGAGUACGCCUACCUGCCCCUGCACGUGCACGAGGGAGAAGGAAUUGUGGUGGCAGUGGGCCAGGACUGCUACACGAGAAUCUGGAGCUUCCAUGACGCCUGCCUGCUCAGAACCAUACCCUCCCCACACCCCACCUCCAAGGCUGACAUCCCCAGUGUGGCCUUCUCUUCUCGGCUUGGGGGUUUCCGGGGAGCCCCAGGGCUGCUCAUGGCUGUCCAGCAGGACCUUUACUGUUUCUCCUACACCUAAUUCCACAGGGUACAGCCUGGAGGGAUGUGGAUUUGACGUAAGGGAGUAAGGAGCAGCCAGACUUCUGCCACAACUGCUGUUUCCACUGAGGGCAUUUUAAAUGGACGCUCUGUGUAUACAGAUCCCAUCCAUCCAGCUGCCGGGAAGUAGGUGCUGUGUGGAGCACAGUGGAGACACUUCAGUAAAGUUCUUUCAGUUAAGUUGUGAGCUCAGAGAGCUCAAAAGUCCUUUUCAUAAAAGGUACUUAUUUCCUUGUUAAAUUCCUUAGAAUAGUCUGUGGCCUCCCCCCCCCCUUUUUUUUUUUGAAACAAGAAAUACUUUUCUAAGGGCUGAGGAUUGGCAGUAACUAAAUUAAAGCUGGUGCUUUCACCAAAAGCCCUUUUAAGAAGCUUAAUGAGAUUGGGUGAGGCUGUUAGUGCAGUCAGUGCCUGGGUCCCAGAAAGCUGUGCCCGUGGGCUGGAGAAAGCCAGCUGGGGAGACAGGGAAGGCACAGGGGGAGGGGGGGUCGUUUCUCUGAGUCUCUAGAGAUAAAGAUUGAAGGCUGGAUUUUGGAGUCAUUAAAAAGCCUUCUCAGGCUUAUUCAGCAUCCAUAGCAGACCUUGCUUUCUCCUUUUACCACCAUUCAUAGGCAUUGAAAGGAAAGACGGAUCUUUCUAGAUGCUAGAGGUUUUAAACAGGUCCUAGCAGGCCUUUGUUGAGGUGCCUUCCAGAAUGUUAGGUAUAACAGCUCCUGUUUCUAUUAUGGUGACUUGAAUGUCAGAUUUAAGGGCCCCAUCUCAAAGAAAAUUGGCUUUGACUUUUUGCAAUCUAGAAGCACUUUGUGAGAUGUUUAUACAGCGUUCAAGAACCUGUCUUUCUACCAAACAAUAAACUAGAAAGAACCAUGCA